GUAUCUUGUUCUCGAGGAUAAAUAGCCCACAAAUAGCCCACCGUUGCCCCUUCAAAAACACUUGGGCGCAGAGAGAGAGAGAGAGAGAGAGAGAGAGAGAGAGAAUUAAGAUGGGAAGAGCUCCUUGCUGUGAGAAGAUGGGAUUAAAAAAGGGGCCAUGGACACAUGAAGAAGAUCAAAUUUUGAUCUCUUAUAUUCACAAAAACGGCCAUUCCAACUGGCGAGUUCUUCCUAAGCAAGCUGGUCUAUUAAGGUGCGGAAAAAGUUGCAGACUCCGUUGGACUAAUUACUUACGACCAGAUAUUAAGAGAGGGAAUUUCACUAAAGAAGAGGAGGAGACAAUCAUCAAGUUGCAUGGAACGCUUGGGAAUAGAUGGUCUACAAUCGCAGCGAGAUUACCGGGUCGAACCGACAAUGAGAUAAAAAACGUGUGGCACACCCACUUGAAGAAAAGGCUCGAAAACUAUCAGAGAUCCUGCAAAUUGGAUUCCAAUGGUUCGAGUCAUGAAUCCAAAGCAACGGAUUUUAGUACAUGCCUUAAUCCAAAUCCGGGAAUCGAGAGCAUCAAGUAUGAACCGGCUUCUCCCCAGGACUCUUCUAGUGAAUUCUCAUCGGUGACAGACCAAAUUGGAUUGCCGAACAACACGGUUUUUAAGUACAACGAUCAAAUAUACGGCUCAGAAACGCUUCCUCACAUCGAUGACAGCUUUUGGUCCGAAGAAUUAUCAGCCAAGAAUUCCAUUUCCACCGACGACUUGGGAUUCGGAUUUCAACUAUCUCCGGCAAAAACUUUGAUUAACACGACGACGGACGAUGGCAUGGACUUUUGGUACAACCUUCUGGUCAAAGCUAGUGGUCUACCUGAAUUACCAGAAUUUUGAACACCGUUUUAUUAAUUAGCAUUAUAUUUUCAUAUUCGUGUCACUAGAAAAUUUGGAAUUUUGGGGGCAAAUUUUUUUUUUUUGGGACGCAAAAUUCCAAAUGUGACAGUUUUUUCCAAGUCCAAAAGCAAGGGUCAUUUCGUCAAUGAAAUAAAAAGCAAGUCUUCGGUAGUGGCAAAAGAUUGUAGUACAAGGUUAAGUGGUUAGUGAGUUGAAGGCCAAAAGGGGAAUCAAAAUUUGACUUGACAAUUGUUUUGUAAACAAUAUUAGAGGGUUUAGUGUGGCUUUUUGAGUAUUUUAUGAUGAAAAGACCAAAUUU